UGUCUCUCUCUCUGUCACUGUCUCUCUCUCUCCCCUCCUCCUCUCCUCCAAGCCCUAAUUACCAGUCAGUCGCCGACUAUACCAACUCUGAGAGCUUCGUUUCAAACAUUCAGGUUCAAAAUCACACGUACAGAGUCUAAAGUAACUGUGACCUCUAUGGCUUUAGACACUUUGACAGACCCAAUGGACUUGAAGGUGAAAGAGCUCUUGAAGGAGGUCCAGCUUCACUACUCUCCUUCAUUCACUAAGCUCGUCGAUGAUACUGUCUCUGCCAUCAAAGAAUCCAUUGAUAAAAUCCCUGAAGACUUGCAGGUUACGGCGGAUGUUGCACCGGGUUUUAUCAGAGACAUUGGUGCGGACAAGGUUGAAUUCAAUUUCAGGAAGCCAAAAUCCAUUGAAAUUGGAGGUAGUUAUUCAAUGCAUUGCAUUGCUACGCCAGACGUAAAUGUUGAUCUCUUUGUCCGAAUGCCAAAGGAGUUGUUCCAUGAAAAGGAUUAUUUAAAUUACCGUUACCAUGCAAAAAGAUGCCUUUACCUUUGCAUAAUCAAGAAGUAUCUCAAACUUUCUUCUGUAGCUCAAAAGGUUGAAUGGUCUACCUUUCAAAAUGAGGCUCGGAAACCUAUAUUGGUUGUCCAUCCAGAUUUGAAGGUGGUUGAAUCUCCUAUUUUUGUGGUGAGAAUAAUUCCCACAGCUACAUCUGUAUUUAAUGUUUCAAAGUUGAACAUGGAGCGAAACAAUGUUCGUGCUCUGAAUCAAGGGGGUGUUCUUCAAGCUACACCUAAGUACAAUAGUAGUAUACUAGAGGACUUGUUUCUAGAGGAUAAUGCAGAAUUUGUCAGAAGAACUUUCCUUGGAUGGAUAGAACUAGGAGAGGCUUUGAUUUUGCUGAAAGUCUGGGCUCGGCAGAGAAGUUCAAUAUAUGCCCAUGAUUGCUUAAGUGGUUUCCUAAUUUCUGUCAUAAUGGUAUACCUUACAACAAAAUCUGGUGGGAAACGCAUUAAUAAUUCAAUGAACACAAUGCAGAUAUUUCGUGUCACAAUGGACUUCAUUGCCACUUCAAAAUUAUGGGAAACUGGGCUCUUCUUCCAGCCUCAAGGUGAGAGCAAUACUUUGAAGGAAAGGAGGACAUCUUUACAAUCAUUUCCAUUAAUCAUAUGCGAUCCAUUUGCUGGCUUUAAUUUGACAUUUCGCAUGACAAGGAGUGGUUUUCUCGGGCUGCAAGAUGAAGCUGCUCUGACACUUAGUUGCAUCAAUAAAUGUAGAGAUGGUGGAUUUGAUGAGGUUUUUAUGACUAAGAUUGACUUUCCUGCUAAAUAUGACUACUGCAUAAGGUUGAACUUGAAAGGAAAAAGUGAAGUCUAUGCAUUGGGAUUUUGCUUGGAUGAUGAAUGCUGGAGAUUAUAUGAGCAGAAAGUACAUUCUCUGAUGCAUGAAGGAUUGAAUGAUAGAGCAAAGUUCAUCCGUGUUAUGUGGAGAAACACUGCUUCAGGAUACAAUUUGGAAGAUGGUUUGUCAGUGUUUGAUGGAGAGCCAUUACUCAUUGGGAUUUCAGUUAGCACUUUAGAGAAAGCUUUUAGAGUGGUUGACAUUGGUCCAAAUGCCGAGAAUAAAGAUGAGGCUCUCAAAUUCCGGAAGUUUUGGGGAGAGAAGGCGGAGCUUCGGAGAUUUAAAGAUAGUACUAUUGCAGAAAGUGCUGUUUGGGAAUGCAAGCAAUGGGAAAGACAUCUCAUUAUAAAGAGGAUUUCUGAGCAUGUUUUGGUGUGGCAUCUUUCCCUGUCAAAAGAAAAUAUCACGACCAUCGUAGAUCAACUUGAUUUUUCACUUUUUUAUGGCGCUGAAGAUCCUAUAGCUUUUUCUGCAAGUUUGGUUGAGGCAUUUGAUGUUCUAUCAAAGCGUUUGCGUCUUCUCGAUGACAUUCCCCUGAGGGUAUCAAGUGUGCAGGCUCUAGACUCAGCUUUCAGGUUCACAUCUGUCUUCCCUCCUGAACCCCAUCCCCUAGCUGUUGAAAAAGGUGUCAGUCUAAGAUUGCAGAAGCUCAUUUCGUCCUGCAUACAACCUCUGGACGUCAUGAUCCAGUUGGAAGGUUCUGGGAACUGGCCAAUGGAUGAUGCAGCCAUUGAGAAGACUAAAUCUGCGUUCCUUCUCAAAAUUGGGGAAAGUCUCCAGAACAGUUGGGGAAUGGCAUGUAAUGCUACUGAGGAUGAUGUGGUUGUUUACACAUCUGGAUAUGCAUUUCGCCUUAAAAUUUUGCAUGAAAGAGGCCUUAGCUUGUUGAAAAAACAAAUUGGAAGCAAUCAAGUGAAGCGGGUCCCAUCUACAGACCGGAUCCUUUUUAUUCAUGGCCAGCAUUCUAGCAUGAUUAAUGGUUUACAGGGUCGUUACCCAAUUUAUGGGCCAGUUGUUCGGCUUGCAAAACGAUGGGUUGCUGCACAUCUUUUUUCGACUUCAUUGGCAGAGGAAGCAAUUGAGCUGUUGGUUGCUUAUCUUUUUUUGAAGCCAUUUCCAUUUUAUGCUCCUUGUUCUCGGAUCAUUGGAUUUCUAAGGUUUUUAAGAUUGCUGUCAGAGUAUGACUGGGCAUUUUCUGCUUUAAUUGUUGACAUAAAUGGUGACAUGACGCUGAAUGAUGAAAAAGAGGUUAAUGGUGAUUUUAUGUCAAGUAGAAAAGCGCACGACGAAAACAGGCAAAAUAUAAGCCCAGCCAUGUUCUUGGCUACUGCCUAUGACAAGGUGUCUGAAGCUUGGACCAGAUCGUCACCAACCUCAUCAGAGCUAAGAAGAUUGGUGGCUUAUGCAAAAAGCAGUGCAAAUUUGUUGGCAAAACUCAUCUUGCAGGAUCAGCAUGAUUCUUACAGAUGGGAGUGCCUUUUCCGAACUCCUUUGAACAAUUACAAUGCCGUUGUGCUUCUUCACAGGGAUAGAUUGCCUUACCCGCGUCGUCUUCUCUUCCCAUCUGAACUUGACCAGGGGAAGCAUGUGGUUCGUGGGAAUGUAAGCGAGGUUUUUCACCCCUUCAUGUUGCCUAGAGACAUGAAAGGGAGCUUAGAGGAACUAAAACAUAAGCUGAUGGUGAACUUUGAUCCACUGAGAUGCUUUGUUGGAGAUUUGGAGAGAGAGUUCCCUGCCAUGUUCAAAAUGUGGUAUGAUUCACUUGGAGGUGAUGCUAUCGGCUUAACAUGGGAGAGAUUGGGAUCAUCAAAGAAACGGGGACGAGGAGAAGUGGGUGAGGAUGAUCAUGAUCUGCUUGAUGUACUAAAAACUGUUGGCAAGGUCGGGAAAGGGUUUGUGAGGAGUAUUUAUUUUCUAAAGGCCCCAAGGUUGAGUAAUUAAAAUUUUCGUUUUCGAAGGCCUUCAAGUUCAGCAAAUAGUGAAGGUGAUGUUGUAACCUUAUUGAUUUUCACAUCUUAUUAAGUCUCGAAUUAGUGAAAUUAUUGCCACAUUUUUGUACCCUGUGGCCCCAUAAUUGAGAGUCCUGGUUUUUUUUUUUUUUUGGAAGAAACAUUUUUGUGUUGUUUGUAUAUAGCAAUUUUGUGGGAGUACGAAUUUUGAAGUGCUUUUUUGUUCAUGAAGCUUUUCUUGAUAUGACCAAAUCUGAUUUUGUAUGUUGUGCUUA